UCAGUGCAACCACCAUGGUCACUACCGAAACUGUGUUAGGGGAGGAGCCACAGAGCCCGCCUCCUUCUCCCUGAAGUAUAAAUAGGAGAGGAGCGUCUCCUCUCUCUUCUGUCUCUCUUCUGUCUCUCUCUGAGACUCUGUCUGUCUGGAGAAUGAGGUCCUUGAAGCACCUGAAACAUCACAGCAGGAGGAAUGUGGAAGAGGCGAGCAGGCGCCUGGUUAGAUGUGAGCCCAGGGCUAUGGCCAGACAGGUUGAUGCUGGCACCCAGACUGAUCCGGUGGUGGUUCUGUCUUUAGCCCAGGCUGCUGUUCUGGGUCUAAUUUCUCAGAAUGAGGUAUUCGGCGCCACCAUUGCCCCAAAUGGCUUCUACACAGGAGAACCCAAAGAGUCCCCUGCUCCACCAGUAGAGGGUGUCGAUUACGAAUACGCCGAUCAGCUGAUCGGUGCCAACGGAGACUAUCUGGGAGACGGCCUGCCUGAAGACGGACACAUGCAGCCCAGCUGUAGUCAGAGGAGGUGGGCCGGACCACCCCCCGAGGGGAAGAUGGUAGGACCCGAGCGUCACCCUUCCGUGCCUGUGGAUGGGCCAUCCCAAGUCAAAGGGGAGGUGGUGAGGUCCGGCCUGACGUCCUGCGUCCACAUGCUGAACAGCCUGAUCCCUUCUAGAGGGGGAUUGGUCCAGGUAGACCCCGCCUCGCUCCGGGCCGCCGCCCAAAAAGGCUGUGCCGAGUGUGAUCGGGAGAUGUCCAGCCAGCAGGCCAGCGCUCACAGCCAUCCCCACACACACCCUCACGCACACGCUCACACCCACUCCCAGGCAGGCCACACCCACAGGGGGGAGGCGGGGCAUCGAGGCCUGCAGGGGCAGCGGGGGUUGGCGCCCCAGGAGAGGGGCAGGGAGGAGGAGGCGGCGGCUGGGGAGGUGGUGCAGGGGAACAGCUUGAUGAAAGGGUCCCAGGAGGAGGCCAUCAGCAGCUACUUCCAGUCCAGUGAGGUGGGGGGGUACGAGGGGGGGGAGAUCUACGACGACAACAGCCAGGGGAUGAUGUGGGCAGAUCCACUGGACCAGGGCGUGGCUGCCAGCGGGGCAGGGGCAGGAAGAGGAGGAGGCGGCCCGGCGGCGGCGGCGGCAGCGAGAGGCGGGGCCCACCGUCACCACGGCCGCCGAGUCGACCGCCUGGACAUCAACAUCCAGAUCGACGAGUCGUACUGCGUGGACGUGGGCGACGGGCUGAAGAGGUGGAAGUGCCGCAUGUGUGACAAGUCCUACACCUCCAAGUACAACCUGGUCACGCACAUCCUGGGCCACCAGGGCAUCAAGCCCCACGCCUGCCCCCACUGCGGCAAACUGUUCAAGCAGCCCAGCCACCUGCAGACGCACCUGCUCACCCACCAGGGCACGCGGCCGCACAAGUGCGCGGUGUGCAAGAAGGGCUUCACCCAGACCAGCCACCUGAAGAGGCACAUGCUGCAGCACACCGACGUCAAGCCGUACAGCUGCCGCUUCUGCCGCCGCGGCUUCGCCUACCCCAGCGAGCUGCGCGCGCACGAGACCAAGCACGAGCGCGGCCGCUGUCACGUGUGCUCCCAGUGCGGCAUGGAGUUCCCCACCUACGCCCACCUGAAGCGCCACCAGACCAGCCACCAGGGUCCCACCACCUACCAGUGCACCGAGUGCAACAAGUCCUUCGCCUACCGCAGCCAGCUGCAGAACCACCUGCUGAAGCACCAGAGUCCGCGGCCGUACUCCUGUUCCCACUGCGGCCUGGAGUUUGUCCAGCUCCACCACCUCCGGCAGCAUGCCUUAACACACAAGGGAAUGAAGGGUCAUAAAUGUGACGUCUGCUCCCGUGAGUUCACCCUAUCUGCCAACCUCAAGAGGCACAUGUUGAUCCAUAACAGCAUCAGGCCCUUCCAGUGUCACGUCUGCUUCAAAAGCUUCAUCCAGAAACAGACGCUGAAGACGCACAUGAUCGUCCACCUGCCAGUCAAGCCCUUUAAGUGCAAGGUGUGCGGAAAGUCAUUCAAUAGGAUGUAUAACCUUCUAGGCCACAUGCACCUACAUGCCGGUUCCAAGCCCUUCAAGUGUCCUUACUGCUCCUCCAAGUUUAACCUGAAGGGGAAUCUGAGUCGACAUAUGAAGGUCAAACAUGGCAUGGACAUCUCACCUGAUGGACCAGAGGCUCUUCCGGAGAUUGAGGGCCAGGGAGAAUACGAAGAGGAGAACUUUGACUUUGGGGCAUCAGAGGCAGACAACAACAUGGACAAUGGAGGCUCACAGAACCUGACAAAGCUCACUACAGCCAACAUGGAUGACAUGGACGACUAUUACAACUUUGGGAAAGAUGCAGCCAACUACAGCACACCUUGAGUAGUAGUCUGGUAGUGUACUACAGACCAUUAGAGACCAUGGGUUCAUGGUUUCUGGAGAGGAGACCAUGGGGGCAGCAGACAACAUGGCAGCCAUUUUGUGCCAGUGAGAGAGACAAUAUGGCGGCCAUUUUGUGCCAGCGAGAUACUGUGUUAGGGUUGAAGUGUGGUGUCGUGUGACAGGGGAGUUGGGUGUUCCUGGACCCUUACCAUACAGAACUGAUCUGUCCUGAUGAAGGGCUAGGACAUGCACAGCCAAUCAAAUCCACCUGUCUCUGGUGCAAGCAGUCCUUCGGGAUAUUCUAACAGACAUUAUUAGUUGAGACGUCCUUUGGGAUAUUCCUCUAGAUGUGAUUGGUCAAGGACAUCCAUUGGGUUAUUUUACCUGACGUGAUUGUUUGAUUAGUCCCUGGGGAUAUUCUGACAUGACAUCAGACAUCACUAAAGUCAAAAGAGCUUCUCUGUUAUGUUGCGGUAUCAUCUACAGGUAACAGCCAACACGAAAGAAACAGCCAACACGAAAGAAACAGCCAACACGAAAGAAACAGCCAACACGAAAGAAACAGCCAACACGAAAGAAACAGCCAACACGAAGGAAACACCAACCAAGUGUCUUUAUUGGGACGUUGGGCCACAAGAUGCUAAAACAGCAUUGGCAUCAAUUCUACACAUGUCUGGAACUUUAUUAGAAUUAUAGAACUAUGGCUGUGCCGAAAUAACAACACAAACACGCUAACGGAUGUAGGGAAAACGAUUAUGAUACCACUAAACCUGGGAAUUGUCUGUGAUCAGGAAAAAAAUAUUUUGUUGCAGCCCUGUUGUGCGGCAGUUAGUAAAGUGGUCAAAGUGUCGGUUGAGCCUGUUGCCACAUUUGGGUUGGAACUAACACAGUUUCGCUUUCAUGUCCCAGAGAGAGACAGACACACGCGUGGCUUCAGUCCAUCUGCUCGAUCAAGCCGGAGUUUUCCCGACCACGAGUAUCAAGUGGGAUGAAAUGGAUAUGACUGUGGAUCUGAGUAUGACACGGCCCUAGAUGCAACGCCAUGCUUCCAUGGUCACAGUUCUCAGGCGCCGAUCUAGAAUCAGAAUCUCCCAGAAGUGUUACAUUCGGUUGAGAUCCGGAGAUCUGGCCACUGCCUGUCAUGAAAUAUGCAGUGAGUUGAGAAGCCUGUCACCAGAGCACCUGCUAGACGUAUCCCAGCAGCCACCCUGUCUGUGAAGUCACUGAGAUCUCUUCUUCUAGCCAUGAUAGCCAAAAUAAUGGGUAACUAGGCUUGCCCAGUAUUUUAUGCAUGAUGAGAUGUUGAUUCCUGUUUAGAUGCAUUUGCUUUCAAUAUACUUUUUAUUCCCCAUUUACUAAUGUGUUUCCUUUAUUUUGGCGAAAGCCUGCGUGUCAGAAACCGCUCUCCCACUGAUACUGUAGCUGACCUACUGAACUGCAUAUUCUGUGGUGUGAUUACCAGGGAAUCGUCCAUUCACCAAUCAGUAUGUCUUUAAGUGUCAUCAGUGUCGUGUCAGAAACGAGACAGGCUACAUAUCAGGCGUCUGAUGGGUAUGGCCAAAUGUUAAAGAGUAGGUCUGUGAGGCUCCUUAGUGUCACCCCAGGCUGCUCUUCCUGGAGUCAGGUUUCUUCAGUGUGUGUGAUGACUGACUCUACAACUUGUUGCUGGUGUCAUGCUCUUUUUUUCAGGACAGUCUUUUUAUCAACUUGUUUCACUUUAACCACCCACCUCGGUUUGACUCGGUUUAGCUUGACAUUUGUCUUCUCCACUUCGAACGAGGACUGGAACCACGUCCCCAACGCAUAAAGCACUUUUCAUCGUCGGCCAUGUUUUUCUCAUCCAGGCGUUGUUCAGGGAGCACGUGCGCACAGGAACCGGGUCAUAGAUUUCAGGAACCGGUUCCAGUUGAAGACAGUGAAACCAUAUCUGGACGGGCCCGGGGAGACCCGGGUCACUGGGCAGCGCUUACAUUCAAGACGGGCCGUUCUUCACUAAUGUUUCCCGGCCGUGUCUAUGAUGUGGACCGGACCGAACACGCAGGUUCCCAUGGAGCGGCAUUUGGUUGAGAACGAGCAGUGUGUUUGUUUUAGUUGCUGCUGUCUCUCUGUCCCUGUUCCGCCUGGGUUUGUAUGUGUUCACUGGCCCAAGGCACCAGGUGGGCCAACGUCCCGGGGCCCUGGGCCAGUUGAAACGAAUCCCCCUCUUGUUCUGUUUUGGGGAACAACUUUUCCUCCUGUCCUUCUAUGCAGGACAGCCUUCAUUCACCCUAAAACUAAAACCUGGUAAACUAGUUCUUAUUGGAGGGAGGAAUAUCCAACUGAAACCUCACUAUUAUUUAAUAAAGGUUCUUUAGUUUAAUG